AUGUCUUGCGAGCAGGUACUGUACCGGGCGGGCGCCGCCAAGCCGGCGCUGCUGCAGGCCGCAAAGGAUGGGAACGCGGCCGAGGUCGUGCGCCUGCUCGACGCCGGGGCGCCGGUCGACGCGGUCGACCCAUCAGACGACCAGGCCUGGCAGGCCGUUCACGAGGCCGCCACGGCCGGCGCCGCCGCAGUAGUCGAGCUCCUGAUCCGGUGCGGCGCGGACCCGCGCAGCGCCGCCAGGGACGGCAGGCGCCCGCUGCACCUAGCGGCCGACGAGGGGCACCUAGAGGUGUGCGAGGCCCUCCUGAGUCAUGGCGCCGCCGUCGACGACACCGACAGCGACGGCAUGCACCCGCUGCUGUACGCGGCCGGCGGCGGCCACACCGCCGUGGUGCUGCUGCUGCUCGAAAGCGGCGCGGACCCGCGCGCCGCGGACCGCAACGGCUGGCAGGCUCUGCACGUCGCCGCCCACCGCGACCGCGCGGCCGCGGCGCGCGCCCUCCUCGCGCGCGGCGCGCGCGCGGACGCGGCCGUGCCAAACGGCCUCACCGCGGCGCACAUCGCGGCGGCGGAGCCAGGCGGGGCGCCGGGCGCGCUCAGGGUGCUGCUCGAGUCCGCCGAAGACGCCGCAGCCCUGGCCAACGCCGUGGACGCGGACGGCUGGCGGCCGCUGCACUACGCCGCGCGCGCCGGCAACGAGGAGGCCGCGCGCCUGCUGCUCGCCGCCGGCGCGCGCUGGGACGCGCCGCACCCGUCGGGCGCGCGGCCGCUGGCGCAGCACUUCGCGGCGGAGGGCGGGCACGCGGGCGCGCUCGCGGCGAUCCUCGACGCCGGUGCCGACAUUGACGCGGCCGACGGCGACGGCGACACGUGCCUGCACUAUGCAGCCGCCCACGGGCGCGCGGACGCCCUGAGGCUGCUGAUCGCCCGCGGCGCGCGCGCCGACGCCUGCAACAAGGACGGCUGGCAGCCUCACUUUUGCGCCGCGCAGAAGGACGACGCGGCGGCGCUGGAGCUGCUGCUCGACGCCGGCGCCGAUGCUGCGGCGGCCGACAAGCUCGGGCAGCAGGCGCUCGCGGUCGCCGCGGCCGAGGGCGCGGCGGCGGCGGCGCGUGCGCUGCUGGGGCGCCGCGCGGACGUCUGGGCGGCCGCGCGCGACGGCAAGCGCGCGCAUGACGCGGCCAUACAGUUUGACCAGGGGGAGGUGCUCACCCUGCUGCUGGAGAGGCGACAGGCGGUUCGCCUGAUCACCAGCGACAAGGAGGGCGCCUUGUCCAAGGCGCUGGCCGCAAAGGCGAAAAAGUGCGUGGUCGCACUGCUGAAAGCCGGCGCGCGGCCCAAACGAAAGCUGUCCGUUUUGGAAGAGGCGCUGCUGUCUGGGCUGCUCUGUGCGGAGGAGGGGCAGGCUGCGGCGCAGGCGGCGGCGCAGGCGGCAGUGCAGGCGGCAGCCGCCGUCGAGCAACCUGCGCCUCCCGCGCAGGCGGCCGCUGGCAGCCAGCCGCCGCAGGAGCAGCAGCAAGAGCAGCACCAUGGGCAAGUGCAACUUGAGCUGCAUCAACUGCAAGAACAGAGGGAAGAGGAGGAGCAGAGGGUGCAGCGGCUGCAGAUGCAACGCAAACUGGAGGAGGAGCGGCUGCUGGAGUUGGAGAGGCAGGCGUUUGCCGCAGAGCAGGAGCUGCAGCGGCGGCGGGAGUUGGCCGCAAGCGGCAGCCAGCAGACGCCACCAGCGGCAGCACCCCCGCAGGCAGCCUCCGCAGGGGAGUUGAUGCAGGCGGAGCAGGCGCGGCUGCUGCGGCUGCUGCAGAAGACGGCGGACGAGCAGAGGCGGCUCCAAGGGCUGAUGGAACAGAGCGCGGAGGAGCAGGAGCGGCUGCAGGACGAGCAGCUGCGCUUGCGGCAGCUGCGCGAGGAGGGCGACCGGUUGCAGGCGCAGGUCGCAGCAGAGAGGGGGCGGCUGAAGGAGGUUGGCUGCGCAGCAGCAGAGCAGGCGCGGCGGCUGCGCGCGCUGCACGCGGCGGCCGAGGAGUGUGCGCGCGUGCGGGUCGAGGGCUUGCGGCGCGCCCUUGCGGGGGCGGAGGCGGCGGAGCGGCAGGCGGCCGGCUGUGCCAAGGAGGCCAGGCGGCUGGCGGCAGACGGCUGUGGCGCGCCCAGCUGCAUGCGCCCGGCGCCGUUCUCUGCCGCUGUGCCCAGGGGCGUCCGCCGCGCUGCGGCAGCGCCCUCCCCAAGCCAGCACGCGGUGCAGCGGGCCGCGCGGGCUGCAGUCGUCGCGGCUGCGGCGACGAAGCCCACUGCGGCGCUCAUAUUUGACUGCGACGGCGUGAUUGUGGAGACAGAGGACCUCCACAGGCGCGCCUAUAACGGCGCCUUCGAGGCGUUUGGCAUCACCGUGAACGGGGAGCCGUGCGUGUGGGAGACCAAGUACUACGACAUGCUGCAGAACACCGUCGCCGGCGGCAAGGGCAAGAUGAAGUACCAUUUCUCAAAGAACGGCUGGGCGGUGGCGGCUGGGGGCCAGGGGCUGGUGGCUGAGGAGCUGCGCGAUAAGCUGGUGGACGACCUGCAGGCCUGGCUUGUGCCCAUCUUGCCGUAG